CAGUGCUUUAUUUGGGGGGAGGGAGAGUCCGUUGCGCCCCUCAGCGGGCGCCUCCCAGCUCUGCUGGGGUCUAUGGAGGAAAAACUCGGCUGGCUCCAAGAUUCCCAUGGCCGCAGCCGCCUGCAGCACCAAGGCCAUGUCCCUGUUCAAGCGCACCUUGGUGCUGAGCCCUGCUGCGGCGCCCAGGGGCCCGAGCGCCGGCGCCCCACCGCGGGGCUGCCCUUUGCCUCCGGCCGCCUGGCCCUCCAAGGACUGGCUGCGGGGAGAGGGCGUCUGCGGUAGGCUGCGGAGCCCGGCCGCCAGCCUCCUGCCCCCGUCCCACUCGUGCUCUUCCGCGCCGCCCACCGCCGUGUGUGUUGUCUGCCCUCAGGACUCGCUCAGCAGCAGCCUGAAAACUUGCUACAAGUAUCUGAAUCAGACCAGUCGCAGUUUCGCAGCUGUUAUCGAGGCGCUGGAUGGGGAAAUGCGCCAUGCGGUAUGCAUAUUUUAUCUGGUUCUUCGGGCUCUGGACACCCUGGAAGAUGACAUGACCAUCAGUGUGGAAAAGAAGAUUCCACUGUUACACAACUUUCACUCUUUCCUUUAUGAACCCGACUGGCGGUUUAUGGAGAGCAAGGAGAAGGAUCGACAAGUGCUGGAGGACUUCCCAACGAUCUCCCUUGAGUUUAGGAAUUUGGCUGAGAAGUAUCAGAAAGUGAUUGCCGACAUUUGCCGGAGGAUGGGGAUGGGGAUGGCAGAGUUUUUGGACAAGCACGUGACCUCUGAACAGGAGUGGGACAAGUACUGUCACUAUGUUGCCGGACUGGUGGGAAUUGGCCUUUCCCGUCUUUUCUCUGCCUCAGAAUUUGAAGACCCCUUAGUUGGAGAAGACAUAGAGCGUGCUAACUCUAUGGGCCUGUUUCUGCAAAAAACAAACAUAAUUCGUGAUUAUUUGGAAGACCAGAGGGAAGGAAGAGAGUUUUGGCCUCAAGAGGUUUGGAGCAGGUAUGUUAAGAAGUUGGGGGAUUUUGCUAAGCCAGAGAAUAUUGACUUGGCUGUGCAGUGCCUGAACGAACUCAUAACCAAUGCCCUGCACCACAUCCCGGAUGUCAUCACCUACCUUUCAAGACUCAGAAAUCAGAGUGUGUUUAACUUCUGUGCUAUUCCGCAGGUAAUGGCCAUUGCUACUUUGGCUGCCUGUUAUAAUAAUCAGCAGGUUUUCAAAGGGGUGGUGAAGAUUCGGAAAGGGCAAGCCGUAACCCUCAUGAUGGAUGCCACCAACAUGCCAGCUGUCAAAGCUAUCAUCUACCAGUAUAUGGAAGAGAUUUAUCACAGAAUCCCCAGCUCAGACCCAUCCUCCGGGAAAACCAGGCAGAUCAUCUCCACCAUCAGGACGCAGAACCUGCCCAACUGCCAGCUCAUCUCCCGCAGCCACUACUCCCCCUUCUACCUGUCCUUCGUAAUGCUCUUGGCUGCCCUGAGCUGGCAGUACCUGAGCACGCUGUCCCAGGUCACGGAGGACUAUGUCCAGACCGGAGAACACUGAUUGGAAUGUGUGCAGAAGCUGCAGUUCACGAAAUGGCCUCACCUGCGAGGAUGAUGUCGGCUUCUCUGUUACUUUUUUUCCUCCUACUUUCAUCCCUGAAGGAGCUCAGGGUGCCUGAACCUCUAGAAGCCGUGAGGUGCAGUUGAGAAGUUACACACAAAAGGAAGGCCGCCUGGCCCCAGCGGCUCCCCGACGCGAGCCUGGCCUCAUGGCUGCCACCGAGGCGAAGCAGCUGCAUGGGCACGAGAUUGGUGCAGAGUGCAUCAGGCUGUGUUGAGGAUUCAACGUACUGAAUUGAAGCAACCUUCGAGUAGCUAUCGUAGUCGAAAAUGAAGUGGACUCUCUCUGUCCAUUCCUGUUUUUCUCAUCGCUUCGUUGCGUUUCCUUGUUUGAAUGUGGUAGACCUGAAUGUUGGUAGUUCGGGGUGAUGCUUCUGUGCUUCCUUAGAAGGCAGACUCGUCUUCUGCAUACGAAGGCUGGGAAUAAAAAUCUGGAUGUCCUGGUA